UAAAUGAGAUUAGUUUUAAAACAGAAGCAGUGAUGGGAGCAAAAACGUGUCCUUCCCAUCACUAGUGCUAUAAGUGUCCUGAAAUCAAGUAGACUCAAUCAUUAAUAAUCAGUAAGCAGCUAUGACCAGUGGCUGAGUGCAUCACGUAAAAAUGUCUUCCGGGGAGUGGGACCUGCGUGCGCUGAAGGCGCUCGAGGAAGAGGAGCAGCGCGAGUUCCUGGCUCUCAGCCAGAAGAAUCUCUUCGACCCGCUGCCCAAUCCCACCUCCGAGACGGCCCCCACUGGGAAGCCCACGCUCACCUACGCCCAGCUACAUCCGCAUCUGCUGAAGCUCCCGACGAUCGACGAAUGCCAGCUGAUGGCCGUCAAGCAGCAGAGGUCAGCCGGCUUGCGGUUCAGUCGCGCCCUGUCCCUCUCCGCCCAUUCGCUUUCCUCGCGAACGGGAAGCGCCAUUGCUGGCGGAAGUAGUAGCGGACUUGGCUUUGGGCGGAAGCUCAAGGCCCGCUUGGUAGGGGCCAAGUCCAGUGGUUCCCUGUCGCCUGGACGCCACUCGCACAGCUACAGUGUGUCCCCGGUGUAUACGCCGCCGCCCAUGAGACGAUGUGCCACACUGCAUCAUACACAGCCAGUGCGCAAGGCCUUCAAGAACCUCCAGCAGCUGCAGGAGCGGAAGCGGCAGGCGGCGGGCAGUCACCUUCAGCGGAUCGCUGGCACAGGAAAGACCUACUGGAAGUAUGGAGCAAACUCCACUGCGGCCUCGAUAGUGGGACAACGUGCCCGUCAGAAGCAACAGCUCGAACUGGAGUCCAAUGGUUCCGAUGAGGUCAACUCAGAGCCUCAAGAAGUCUCGGAGGCUGAGACCGGUUCCUGCAGUGUGCCGCUGCCCUCAAAGGACACCAAUGAAAUCCUUCGCCUGAUGCUCAGUGCGGCCAGCUCGGCAGUCACUGUGACGCCCACGGCAGCGGCAGUUGGCAACGGAGCAACUGGUGGCGCUCUCCCAAUGCGGCGCUACCAGAAUGUCAGCGAUGUCGAGGAGGACGAAACUGUUGCGUACGAAGCUUUCCACCAGCAGCAACAGCAGCUGGCCUCUAAAAGCUUUGAGCGGAGUGCUGCUCUCUUGCGAGUGGGCAGCUUAACAGCGCAAGAGAGCGAUAACAGUCCCCAAAACAGUCCCGGUCGCGACAUGCAAUCCACAACGACGGGGGGCCGGCGGAUGUUCAAAUCCUCCUCCUUGGAUUGGCCCGGGGAAGCACACCAGCAGCAGCAGCAGCAUCCGCAGCAAUCCCAGCAGCAGCAGCAGCAACAUCAGAGCCUCCAGCUUCAACAGACCGCAAAUCAGCUCGAGUUGGUCGAACAGCAGACAAAGGAGGCUCGUUACCGGCAGCGAGAACACUGGGACCUGGAGCACGUCCAUUUCCACCAGGACGGACUCGGACACCUGCCCACCGGCGCUACGGUUAUAGACGACGAACUGGAGCAGCAUAUCAAGCACUGUUCGUGCUCCUGCAAUCACAUGGGCUAUGGCAACUCAAUGGAUUAUCAGACCACUGGCUUUGGUGGAUUGCCUGACGUCACCGAGCACUCCAACAUUCGCCGCACUCUGUCCCGCCAGAACUCCAUCUCCAAUAGCGACUCUGGCGGUGAAAUAGCCAGCAUCCAAAAGUCCAAGGUCAACUUCGGCAAUGCCAUAUCCGGCGGCGUGGUCGUGGGUGGCGAUAUUGUUGGACUGGACGCCAAGUCGCCCACCUCGCUUAACUCGGCGACGGCCGGCGGCGGCACCGUCGGAAAAGUCAAGGGAAAGGCCUCAAGAAAAACCAAUGCCGGUGUUGAUGGCGGGCAGAAAGGCAGGCGUGGCUCUUGGCUGGUGGCCCUCACCCUGGUCAGUGCCAUCUGCCUGCUGGCCAUUGCUGCCACGCUGGCGUACCAGCACUUUCUCAUGGCGCCCAGCCGCAACUCCCAUGCCCAAAGACUGAGAAUCGUUCGCCGGAUACUGCGCGAGGUGCCGCUGGUCGAUGGGCACAACAACUAUGCCUGGAAUGUGCGCAAGUAUGCCCACAGCAGCCUGGAGCUCCAUCUCAGCCACGAUCUCGAUCACAAGUCGCUGUGGGCGCGGCCGGCGUGGGCGCAGACGGACAUGGAGCGGCUAAAGCAGGGACUGGUCAGCGUGCAAGUGUGGUCAGCAUAUGUGCCGUGUGAGGCUCAAGGCUUGGACGCCGUCCAGCUGGCGCUCGAGCAGAUCGACAUUGUGCGGCGCCUGUCCGACAUGUAUGCCCGGGAAACAGUGCUGGCCACGUCGUCGCAGGACAUCGUUGAGGCACACCGCCGCGGGCUUCUGGCCUCGCUGAUCGGCGUUGAGGGGGGCCACACCAUUGGCUCCUCCUUGGGGGUUUUGAGAUCCUUUUACUCCCUGGGAGCGCGUUACCUCAGCCUCACCCAUCGCUGCGAUGUCUCGUGGGCGGGCUCGAGUGCCUCGCCGGCGGAACAGGGUCUCACGCCCUUCGGCAAGGCCAUUGUCCGCGAGAUGAACCGGCUGGGCAUGAUGAUUGAUCUGUCGCACAGCUCGGAUGCCACUGCUCGGGAUGUUUUGCAAGUGACACGGGCGCCGGUCAUCUUCUCGCACUCCGCCGCCCGCCAGCUGUGCAAUUCGACGAGGAACGUGCCGGACGAUAUACUCCGCCUGGUGGCCGAGAACGGUGGCCUGAUCAUGCUGAGCUUUGACUCCGAGGACGUGGCGUGCGGGCGGCAGGCGCGGCUCCAGGAUGUGAUCGAGCACAUCAAGUAUGUGCGCGCCAUUGCCGGCAUCCAGCACAUUGGCCUGGGAGCGGGCUACGAUGGCAUUGAGCUGCCUCCACUGGGCUUGGAGGAUGUUUCCAAAUACCCGGAGCUGCUGGCCGCCCUGCUGGAGGAUCACAACUGGAGCGAGGAGGAUGUGGCCAUGCUGGCGGGCCGGAACUUUCUGCGUAUCAUGGAGACAGUGGAGACGGUGCGCGACUACUGGAAGCGAGCGGCCAUCCAGCCCAUCGAGCAGACGGAGCCGCAGCCCAAGACGCAGUGCACCUACAUGUCCUCGUGACCGCAGGCGCAGGCGGUGAGACAACGACGAGAGGAGCCAAACCCGACCACAGAGCGGGCAAAUCGAACCACGGCCACGCUGGCUGGGAUUCAUUUCUGGCAUCCCACUGGGUCGGGGGAGAACUCCAACUCCAAUCACACAGAUCCGGCAGUGAUUGCGGCCACGGCAACCAGUUUUACGGUCAGCGAGCUGCUCCAGUAAAAAUAUAUCCAGUUUGGAUUAUGAAACCAGAGUUAAGCCUUUUGGUUGGCGGUUCAGUUUGAAGGGUAUCUUUUUUUUUGGGAAGGGAGGAGAGCGAUUAAUGAUAGAAACUUUUCCAACUCUGAUAAGUGGCAAUAGUGUAACUUUAAAUAUUAUUAUUAUAAUAAAUUUAAAAAUAUUUCUGUUUAAUUUUUUGCUAAUAAUUUGAGUUAAACAAGAGAUUAACUUUUAUUUGAUGAUUUUUUAGUUUAAAUUAUAAUUUGCAAAACGAAAACUUAAACUAAAAACAAGAUCAUCAAAUCAUAAAAUUUAGUUUUAUAUAUUCAUUUAAUUUAACUAUUUUAUAAUAAUUUUCAAGUCAUAAAAUUAAAUUGUUUCUUCCUUUUAUUUAACUCUAAAAACAACCAUGUAUAUAUAUUUGAACUUCUUCCAGAAAAGACGUAGUUCAACAAGCUUUGAGUUUGAAAAGUUUUCAACAAAAAAAAAAAACAAUUAACAUUUGCUCUUCCUCCACCCAACAUUUAAGCAACUGUUGCGGCAACCCUCGUGAAUAAUUAGUGUGUACUCGUAAUUUACUUCCGUAGGAUGCAUUGAUAGGCGUAUGAAUAAAUAAUAAUAAAUAUACUAGUAUUUAGCCCAUAUUUGUUUUGCAGCUCUUCUUAUUGGUGUUGUGGCUCUGCAUAAAUUAUGCACAGUGCGCAUAUACUUAUUGAUGUUGCUGUGCCACGGGGCGUAUGCGCAACGCAGCCACCGGCCGAACUCUGACCUCCGAACCGCAAACCAAAAACAAAAAAAAAAAUCUUUCUUGGCUUUCUCUGUGACUGUAUUAUACAAGUAGGGCACACGCAUCAAUGAUUCACGCUAAUUAUAACAAUUAAGCGCAAUAUAUUUAAUCACGAAAACAUCACAUCACCAAUAUAAAUCAUCAAAAUGAAUUAAUUGCAACAGAGAUUCCACACACAGCUAGUUAGUGUUAAGCCCAGGAUCAAAAAUCAACACAGCACUGCAGUUAAAGGCAAUUAAAAAGAGAUUAUUCAUUGGGGUCUGCAUAUGCGGAUCUCUCUUAAUUUCUGUGUUAGGUUAGUUAAGAGCCAAAGAAAACCCAAGGAAAAAUCAAAAAAACAAAAAACUAAACAUUAUUCGUGUAUGCAUAGCUACAUAUACUCCACACACAGACACAGAAAAUAAAUAAAAAUACAAAAAAAACAGCAGAAUCGUAUAGAGGGAUACGCAUUACCAUAAAAAUAAAUCGAAUAAAACAAAAAAAGAAAUUGUAA